UCCCCUUAUGUCAAAAGCUAAGAUGAAUUGUAGGAUCUUUUUAGGGCACAAAAAGUAGAAGUGUGGCACGUGGAUGCCAUGCACCAACAACGACAUGCCGCUGCUGUGUCCUAUAAUAAACCCCAUGUCUCGCUGGAAAGAAGACCACUCUCUCGCAGCUCUAGCUCUCUCUCUCUCUCUCUCGCUCCAAAUUCCAUGGCGGACAAGAUGCAAAGCGGCGAGCGCAAGCUCCGCGAGCACUCGCCCAACGCGCGCCAGGUGCUAGGGCUCGUCGCGCUGCUCUUGGGCACCGUGGCGGUGCUGACGGUGGGCGGAUUCAUGCUGGGCGGCCUGGCGCUGGCGGUGGUGAUCGGCAUCCCCGUCUUCCUCUUCUUCAGCCCGGUGCUCGUCCCCCUGGGCAUCGUCCUCUUCCUCGCGGUCUCGGGCAUUGUCAUCACUGGCGUCGCCUUCGUCGCCUUCCUCUCCUCCGUGUCGUGGAUUUACAACUACUUCAAGGGGAGGCAUCCCGUCGGCUCCGACAAGAUCGAGGCCGCGCGCCAGAGGCUUCUGGGCUCCGUACACCAGGCCACCGAGAAGGCCCGCGAGUACGGCAGCUACGCCGGCGGCAAGGCCCAAGAGGCGGCGCCGGGGGCGUAAAACCCCUCUGUACGGCCUUGUGUACCGCCGUGGGCUUAAACCCCUCUCUGUACGGCCUUGGGUACGGUAGGACUAUUCUAUGUACGGACGGAAUGUGCUAAAUAACGUUCUCUUUCUUACUAAAGGCUUAGAUUUUAGGGUUGUGGGAUUUCUUUCGCCGCAGAGAGAUUCGGUUGGCACAAGCAGUGUAAAUGCGGGGCCUGGAUUACGACGCCCGUCAUUCAUUUUCUACCCCACUUGAGUAAUUACUAUGAUAAUUUUUCUUU